UUUGAACCAAAAUUCGACAAAUUAGUAAUGCCCAGUGAAGGCAGUUCAGUUCACAUUAAAAUGGGGGAUCCGUUCGAAGUGCUUGAUGGUUGGUUGGUGGUGCUCAAGUCAAAAACGUAUCCCGUCUACUCUGGCUAAGAGUGGCUUAGAAAAUGGUUGCCGUUUGUGAAUUGCUAGCGAAAGUUUUGGCAGCUAACAGUGCAAAAAUUAUACCAACAUAGGAAAUUUUCGGAUGUAAUCAAAUUUACGCUGUGAUGUGGCUUAAAUGGAAAUUUUUCGCAAGGCGUCACCAUUUUCAUGCGUAACUAGGGCAUGACAAAAGCAGAGAAAAAAGUGAUCACAGCGAAACCCGUGUAAUGCGAACGCCAACAUGCCAACGUGACUUGUUCGAUGUGCAAACCUGAUGUGAUUAUAAGUGAAAUGUUUAUCAGACUCGGACAACUUGCAGUGAACCAAUUCAAAAUGUGUAUUAUGUAUCACCAAAAUAAUUAAUUACGUACGAAUCCGCUCAAACGCAAUCAGCUAAGCAACACAUGUAGUGCCGUGCAUCGGAGAAAAAAAGUACAAGUGAAUAUAGUAGUGUCUCAUUUUAAAGUCAAAACAAAUCAUUGAGAAGCUGGAACAAUAGCAGCUUCACCGAAAGAGAAAAAAAUAGUUAACAGACGGCAAUGCAGAGUGCCGAAGACACUUCGAACCUUAUGGACACCGAUCGCAAUGCGUCGUUGUGUGCGUCAUCGCCGCCGCUAAACUGUGCCGCUCCGACGGCUCCAGCAGGAACAAUUGGAUCCGGUGCAAUAGCCGGUGCCGUACCAACCGGUCGUACCGUUGAAUCGUUGGAAUACCACUGCCGCAUGCUGGAAGAAGAACUUCAAACUAUAAAGGACUCGGAAGGUAAACUCAAACUACAGUAUGCCGAAUCUCAGCGCCGGGAACGGAUCCUGGCGAGGCGGCUUGCCGUCAAGGAGCAAGAAAUGCAAGACUUUGCCAGUCAAAUCGCCGAACUUAAAACCGCCCAAGCCCCCGGUCAAGCUGCCCUUCGGUCGGCCCUGCUGGAUCCGGCCGUUAACAUUCUUUUUCAGAAGCUCAAAUGUGAACUGCAACAGACGAAAGCCAAACUGGAGGAAACACAGAACGAACUGUCGGCCUGGAAGUUUACGCCCGAUUCAAACACGGGAAAACGGCUGAUGGCGAAAUGUCGGUUGCUGUAUCAGGAGAACGAGGAACUCGGCAAAAUGACCUCCAACGGAAGGCUGGCCAAGUUGGAGGGUGAACUGGCACUGCAGAAGAGCUACAACGAGGAGGUGAAAAAGUCACAACUGGAGCUGGACGAUUUUUUGCAAGAAAUGGACGAAGAUGUUGAAGGAAUGCAGAGCACCAUCGUGUUCCUCCAGCAGGAACUAAAGAGCACCAAGGAGGAAAAGGAGCUACUAGAGAAAGAGGUUGUGCAGUUGCGGACGUACGUCAACGGAGGUGGCAGUGUCGAGGAUGGUUCGUCCCAGAUGGAAAUGGAUGCGGAUCCGUCCGAUUCGGUUUAUCUAGUGAAUGGAAAUAAUAAGUUAAUGCAAAGUUCAAGUGAUCAAUCAGAAUCGUUGUUGGUGUAUCAGAAUCGGACGCACUGUGGUGGCAAUAAUAGUAACCCCGGGUUGUUACAGAACGGUGGUGAUGAGUUAGUUAAUGAGCAAGAUCAAACGAUCGGCAACGUCUCUGGUGGCAGCAACAAUAGUAGCAGUAGACUUAGCGGUAAUAGUAACACUAGUACUGGUAGUAAUAAUAAGAAAGUAAACAACAACAGGACUGCGAAAACGGUUGGUGGCAAGAAACGAAAUUACACUGACGAGCAAGACGACGAAGGAGCAGCGGGAAGUGAUGAUGAGGGAGACAGUGGUCACUACGACGAAGGUUCCAACAAUGGUAAGAUGUUGGCUCCCGACAGUCUUGAACUGCAACAACAGCAACAGCAGCAGCAUGAAGAGGAACAAAUCAUUGUGAGCAGUAAUAAACGCAUGACCCGGUCCGGUAAAGGUAAGGCCCCACCCAAAACGUUGAGCGUGAAAAAAUUGCGAAGGGCGUCAGUACUUUCGUCGGAACCAACCGAAGACGACGAUACGGCCGAGGGAUUUCCUGCGAACGGUUCAAACUAAACAUCCCACCUUGAAACCACCAGAUGAUGCCUACCAGGCGAUCGCAACGACGUGAGACUCCCAUUCUUACCGUGUACUGUGGCGUAUUGUUUUUUUUUAAACCAAGAAUGCCCUAGAAAAAAAAAACGCGCAGUCUAGGAUUAAGAGCCAGAAUGAAAGUCCAUCUAAAGUAAAAUAAAAUCACUCAAAAACACAUUGAAAUUAGAGCUCUAAGAUUAACUACAAUAAUAAUUAUUGUACAGUCGAACUAUCGCGAACAUUGAAACCUAGCACACGGGUGAACUGUUAUUUCGCCCCGCUACUUUCGCCAUCGGUUAGCGAGAGAAAUGUAGUAGAGUGAAAACGAAAAAUCUAAGAAGGAAAUAGUGACACAAAGCAAAACAAGUACCGCAAACAAUACAGUGGAUUAUUUUCGUUUGUCAAACAUUUUUAGAGAUAAGAAACUAUAAUUUUAAAAUUGUAAAUCAAGCAAAAAAAAGCAACAAAACUUCAUAAAAAGAAUGUGUAGUAAUUUAAAUUAUUUCGAAAAUAGAACUAAACUAUUCGUAAAUAUUGUUCAGUAUUUACCGAGAAUUUCCUUCGAAAAAGUCAAACUAC